UUUUGAAAUCACAACACUUUUAAACGUUUAAACAGUGUUGAGCAACCAAUUACUAUUACUUGUAGAACAAUUAAAUCAUAAAAUGAGCAAAGAGAAAAAAAGUUUUAAUGUUGUGGUAUUAGGAGAACCUGGUGUAGGAAAAAGUUCCUUAGUUAGAAGAUAUGUUUUAGGAACGUUUUUGUCAAGAACGACGACGACAGUCGGUGUUAAUCGCGUUCCAGUUUGCGUUAACAUUAACGAAGAGACAUUCGAUUUCAACAUUCUUGAUACUGCUGGAUGUUUUGGAUUUCAUGGACUAAUAAAAAGUUAUAUGCCAAACGUAGAUGCCGUAAUUUUUGUUUACGAUCUAACAAAUAAAGAAACAUUUGCCUCCCUUCCACUAUGGAAUUCUAUUAUAAAAAAUUCUGGAAAACAAGGCAUUACAAAAGUAUUAGUGGGAAACAAAAAAGAUUUAUCAGAGCAUAGAGAAGUACUAUUUAAAAAUGCAAAGAACUACGCUGAAUUUGAAGGCAUGGUUGCCAUUGAAAUAUCUGUUAAAGAAGAAGAUGGCGUAGAUCUAGUUUUUGAUUGCGUUGCAAGAGAGCUUCAACUAAGUAGGCAAACAACCAAUAUGGAGUUUAAUCACUUUCAUAAAAACACUUUUCAAAUAACAGAAACGCUAGAUCAUUUAAAUAUAAAAUCUUGUACUAAAAAAGUAAGCAGUCUUCAAAAUCUUGGUAAAUAUUUUUUCAAAAAAAAAACUAAAAAAGACGCAACUUCUUUGCAAGAAGAGACAUACAGAUUACAAAACUUUCGCUGGAUUUAAGCAAAUCCCAUUAUAUAGACCACAGUUAGUCAGCAAAACUAUUAUUAUAAUUUUUUUUUUUUUGUAAAACAUUGUAAAUAUAUUUAAUUAGAUGAUUUUUCUUUUAGCUAUAUAA